CCACCCGAUCGGUCAGGGUGCUUAUGCCCUCUACGAUGAGUUUGAGCUCAACGGGUCAUUUAAAACUGAUCCAAGGUGUGGGAAUGGGAAGUGUUCUUCUAAGUGAGGAAGGAGUGGAAGAAUCCUUGAAGUUGGAAACUAUAGUCAUCGAGAAGGCCCAAAAAGAGAGCCCCAUUCCUGUAGAAAGCCAAAAGGAUGUGUUUAAUUGGACUCAAUUUGCCGAGAAGUCCGAUUUGAUCGACACUUCGCUUCUUGUUCCUACAUUGGUAUUUGGCAAGCAAGCUUUGCUCGUAAGAAGAUCCGGUUCCGAGGGCGAAUCAGUUACCAUCUUCAACCAAAAACGAGCAACCUCAUCGUUGCCCUCAGAUUUUAAAUCGCAUCCUUUGGAUUUGUCAGCAACCAAGAGCUUGGAUAUGCCUCCCCACAGUGGUGCUUUAGGAAACAUGAUGAAUCCAUUACUUGGAUCAAAUUUCCUGAUGCCGCAGAUUGGUCUCUCUCCGUUCUCGUUUCUUCCCCCAAACUUAUUCCUUCAAUCCGCCUCCACAGGGAUUCGAACCAACUCCCUUCUCAACCCUAUGCCGGGCAGGCGAGCAAAAGAGAAGACCAUGCUCCCUUGUCAGAUUUGUGGCAAGGCGUUUGAUCGGCCAAGUUUAUUAAAGAGACACAUGCGCACUCACACCGGAGAAAAACCACAUAUUUGUGAGGUGUGUAACAAAGGCUUCUCCACCUCGUCCAGCUUAAACACGCACAGGCGUAUCCAUAGUGGUGAGAAACCUCACCAAUGUACCAUCUGUGGUAAGCGCUUCACGGCCUCGAGCAACCUCUAUUACCAUAGGAUGACGCACAACAAGUGUUCCACGUCUAAAUUGUUCCAGGAUAAGCCCCACAAAUGCAGCAUAUGUGACAAGUCAUUUCCAACACCAGGCGAUUUGAAAUCUCAUCAAUUCAUUCACAAUGGAGUCUGGCCUUUCCGUUGUCACAUUUGCCAACGAGGCUUUAGCAAGCAAAACGUGGCCCGAAACCACAUACUGGCCCAUCUUACAGGUAUUCCACCUGUUACCAUUGCAGAAGAAGCCAAUGGCGAAGAUUAUCCUCCAAAUUUGAGCAUCUCUCAAUCCAACCAUUCAAGCCAUGGUCUAGACAGCACUUUGGAAAAUAAGUACCCUUGUCCAAUUUGUGGGGAAUCUCUCUCUGAAUUCAGUUCUUUCCAAAUUCAUCUUCGCAAUCAUUUGCUUUCCUUGCCUAACUUGAGUCAAGGGAGCCUACCCGCGUCACCACCCUCUGUCCACUCGAAAAGGGAUGAACGUGACGAAUCAGUCCACAGUUAAAAAAGUGUGUCGCCGACUUGGAUGGGGCGACAAGAACCCAAAAUAUGAUAAGAACUGCAUCUACUUUGAGUUAAUUGUUAGUGGAUCAAUCCUCUCCUUGCAUGUUGUACAUGACUUGAAUGAAUCCUUCUCAAACUAUUAUCAAGAACAUUAUGGUAACGGAAAUUGUCGCUAAUGUCUCGGAUCUGAAUCAUCUAAAAAAUGGAGCCAUCUCAGUCAAUCGUAAUUGGAAGCAAUCUCCUUAGUACCUCGGUUUUUUUCUUGUUAGUAAAUCUUUGCUUUUUUGUGCAUUGAUGAAUGAAAUACAUGUUUAUCCGCAAAAUUAUA